GGAAGAUCCCUGUACAAUGAUGGAGAAAAUGGAAUCCUGAGACCGUCCCCAACUAUUCAAGCGAAUUUGUGAGAAUAAAACUACGAAAGUCCAAGAUAACGAAUAACGACACAAAUACAAGACAGGUACUGUGAAAGGAUGACAAAUGUAGACGUUGUUAACUCUUAUUCUAAAAUAUAAAGUGGGUUGUUAAAUUGUGGUAACCUGUUAGCUAGCUGGCGGUCUACUAACGUUAGGAGGUAGCGCUUAGCAAGCUAGCUGUCGAACUUUGGCGUAACGGCUUCGGAAGGUGUUAGCUAGCUGACUAGCUUAAUCACCUAGCUAGCUAACUGGUGUUGAAUAUAAUUCAUUAGCUAACGUUAGCUAGCUGACUAGCUUAAUCACCUAGCUAGCUAACUGGUGUUGAAUAUAAUUCAUUAGCUAACGUUAGCUAGCUGACUAGCUUAAUCACCUAGCUAGCUAACUGGUGUUGAAUAUAAUUCAUUAGCUAACGUUAGUUAGCUAACAUAACGUGAAAAACAUAUAUAUUGAAAGGGACCUUGUUAGCUAAAUAGCCAACGUUAGCUAGCUGACCAGCUUAAUCACUUAGUAGCUAACAACUGAGUGUGAAUAAAUCAUUAGCUAACGUUAGUUAGCUAACAUAACGUGAAAAACAUAUAUAUUGAAAGGGACCUUGUUAGCUAAAUAGCCAACGUUAUUCGAACCUUACUGGCUUAGUUUCAUGUUGGUGACAAUAUGUCAGUCUUCCUUAUUCCGUUUACCAUAUAGGUAGUUAGCUAGCAUUGUUUCGAUGUAUUCAUUCAUUUACUAGCUAGCUAGCCAGUUAGCCACAGUUACGCCAGUUAUGAACAACAAAAACAACGUCAAAUUGCUUCCAUCUUGUAUGCUAAUACUUGUAUAGAGGAUAACUUAAUCAUAUAUUUUUUUUGGGUGUAUGUGGAUGUCUAUAUUUAGCGAACACAAAAGGCAUCAAAAGAGCUAACUAACUAAUUCCACAAAUGACUGCAGUUUAAACGUUUCUCGUUAGCCAACGUUAUAUGGUCUGUUAGUUAGCCAAAUGUUUAUCCUGCGUUAACUAGCUAGCAAAGUUUUGUCUUGUCAACUUGAAAUGUUUGCCAUGGUCACAACUUGAAAUAAAAAAAAGAAUAAUCUUGUUAGUGUAUUGUUAGCUAGCAAUGGUUUUGCCACGGUAAAUGUUAGUUAACAGAGUUGUCUGCAUCUUUUAGAUGCCAUUUUCAGCCAGAUGCUAAGGAUGUUAGCUAGCUAGCAUGCUAAUUGUUAGCUCACCAGAUGAUUCCAUUUUGUUUUUCUCGACUUUGGUCUGACUGGUAAGUUGCUGAUUUUUAAUCGAAACACGGCAUUCCGUUUAGAUAAUGCUUUUAAAGGAGGUGGCAUUGUUGCAUCGGAGUAAAGGAUUACCACCAAGCCAGGAAUAAUUUUCCUUGAUAUCUGAAACGUCCUCAUUAACUGUAGUUUACUGAACGUAGUUAACCUGUUUUCUGCUAUUUGUUGAUGAAUGUCAUUUAGGGGUGACUAGCUCUGCUUUUUUUUGCCUUGUCAAUAACAUCAAAAUAUGUUUUUAUUAAUGUGCUGCAUGUCAUGAAUCUGAUCAGUCUCCUGUCUGUGGCCUUCCCCACCACUACCCGGGCAGUCUCCUGCCUGUGGCCUUCCCCACCACUACCCGGGCAGUCUCCUGCCUGUGGCCUUCCCCACCACUACCCGGGCAGUCUCCUGCCUGUGGCCUUCCCCACCACUACCCGGGCAGUCUCCUGUCUGUGGCCUUCCCCACCACUACCCGGGCAGUCUCCUGCCUGUGGCCUUCCCCACCACUACCCGGGCAGUCUCCUGUCUGUGGCCUUCCCCACCACUACCCGGGCAGUCUCCUGCCUGUGGCCUUCCCCACCACUACCCGGGCAGUCUCCUGUCUGUGGCCUUCCCCACCACUACCCGGGCAGUCUCCUGUCUGUGGCCUUCCCCACCACUACCCGGGCAGUCUCCUGCCUGUGGCCUUCCCCACCACUACCCGGGCAGUCUCCUGUCUGUGGCCUUCCCCAACACUACCCGGGCAGUGUGUUUGCUCUGCUGACCCUUUGCUGUGUCAGUCAGCUCUGCAUUUCUAUUCUCUACCUGUUGUUGACCCGCUACAGCCCCUUCUCUCAGCCUGCUUCCUGUCCAGGUUUCUUCCUUCUAGGGACUUUUUCCUGACUAGUUCUUGCUUCUGCUUUGCUUGCUCAUUGGGGUCUAGGCCGGGCUGCUGGAACAGCCAUUUUUGACAACUGCUGAUGUAAAAAAUACAUUUUGAUUGAUUACAUUUGAUAGAUUAUCCAUAGCAGCUGGAUCGUGGUGACUCAGCGAUAGACAGCGUUUAUCUCCCGACUUCAUUCCCUUCGACACCUGAUGGAGGGCUCCGACAGUUCCGAGCCGGGCGCCAGUGACCAACCAGAGGCCCAGCGCAGGCGGCAGCGGGCCCGGCUAGACCGGGAGGAGGCCUUCUACCAGUUUGUCAACAACCUGAGUGAGGCGGACUACCGGCUAAUGAGAGACAACAACCUGCUGGGUACCCCAGGUAACUGCCUCUCCUUUAAUACACCUGUAGUAACACCUGUUCUAAACCUAUAACACACCUGUAACACUUCAUUAGACAACAACCCCAGGUAACUGUAAUGCAUAUCUCAGAGGGUUAACAGAGCAGUGUAGAGAUGGAUUUUCUAUCUCAUUUAAAAGUUAGAUGUCUUCGCUUUCUUUUAAAUGUAGGGCCUUGUUUUUCUACUGCAGGUUUGUGGGUUGAAUGACUUUUUCGGUCAGCUUUUUUGGAUUGGCUAUCUAAGGUCGUUGUCCCAGGUUUGAGUUUUUCUUAUCAUGUCACAUCCAGGCCAGUGGAUUGGGAGGUGGGCAGUAAGUUUGAAGCGUCUGAUAGUGGAGCACCUUUCCUGGGGAGAGUGGUGAGAGGACAGGGCCUGUCCUGGUAAGUCUGGUGGUUCUCAGUACUGUCCUGUUCCUGUGUAAACAGGAGAUAUACUACAGCUUUAUUGGCAAAUGCUAGGGUAUUUACGGUACUAAAUGAACCAGUGUCUGUAUAGUGAGUUGUAGUUUCAUCCCUCCUAGGUGAGAUCACAGCGGAGGAGUUGUUGAGUACUAGGGUAUUUACGGUACUAAAUGAACCAGUGUCUGUAUAGUGAGUUGUAGUUUCAUCCCUCCAGGUGAUAUCAAGCGGAGGAGUUUGUUUGAGUACUAGGGUAUUUACGGUACUUAAUGAACCAGUGUCUGUAUAGUGAGUUGUAGUUUCAUCCCUCCUAGGUGAGAUCACAGCGGAGGAGUUGUUGAGUCGCUGCAGCAGAUUUAGGAUGGGCCAGAGCAGCCGCAGCCUAGCAUCAACAGCACUGAGACGGAGAAGGAGGUAAGGCACGCUGAACUUUUCAUUAUGUCAUUCAAGCAGAAAUUCAAAUUUGGCUACUUUUAAAGAUGGAAUCCUUAAUGGUGAAAUUGCAACAACAACAAAGUCACUGCAAACAACACUGUCCCCCCCCCCCAUUAGAAUGUUGACAUGUUCUGUCUUCCAUUAGAACCGGCAGAAGGUCCAGAGGACCCGUCUAACGGCGACACCCUCUUGGAUUGGCUGAACACCGUCAGGCGGACAGGCAACACCACCCGCAGUGGUCACCGAGGCAACCAGUCGUGGCGAGCAGUGAGCCGGACCAACCCAAACAGCGGAGACUUCCGGUUCAGUCUGGAGAUCAACGUUAACCGUAACCUGGCCGAGCAGCAGGCCCGCGCCGAGGGGGAGACAUUGGAGGGGGAGGGGGAGGCUCAGGAGGAAGCCCCAGCAGAAGCACCUGGCAAUGGGGUGGAGGCAGGUGUCGGAGUGGAGGUCCAGCCUGAGGCAGGGACGGAGGCAGGGACGGAGGCAGGGACUGAGGUGCCCAUGGAGACAGGAGAGGUGCUGGAGGAACCAGUUGUGGAGGAGCUGGCUGUCAUAGUGGAACCAGAAGCGGAGAUGGAGCCAGAGGCUGAAGUAGAAGCAGAGAUGGUACCAGAGUUAGUAGUAGAGGUGGUCCCACAGCCCCCCAGCCCUGCCGCCACCACCCCUCCUGUCUCCAGCCCUGCCUCACCACCCCUUCCAGCCCUGCCAUCACCACCCCUCCUGUCUCCAGCCCUGCCAUCACCACCCCUCCUGUCUCCAGCCCUGCCAUCACCACCCCUCCUGUCUCCAGCCCUGCCGCCACCACCCCUCCUGUCUCCAGCCCUGCCACCACCACCCCUCCGGUCUCCAGCCCUGCCACCACCACCCCUCCUGUCUCCAGCCCUGCCAUCACCACCCCUCCUGUCUCCAGCCCUGCCACCACCACCCCUCCUGUCUCCAGCCCUGCCACCACCACCCCUCCUGUCUCCAGCCCUGCCAUCACCACCCCUCCGGUCUCCAGCCCUGCCAUCACCACCCCUCCUGUCUCCAGCCCUGCCAUCACCACCCCUCCUGUCUCCAGCCCUGCCAUCACCACCCCUCCUGUCUCCAGCCCUGCCACCACCACCCCUCCUGUCUCCAGCCCUGCCACCACCACCUCUCCUGUCUCCAGCCCUGCCACCACCACCCCUCCUGUCUCCAGACCAGCCAGUCCCGUGGUGCAGGCCAUCCCGGCCCCAGCCACUCCCAGCCCCCCCCCUGAGGAUCCUCCGCGACGGGGCCAGAGACGAGCCCGCAGCCGUAGCCCCAGAGCAGCGCCGGACCAGGGCUCGCACCACACGGAGCCGUUCCCCUCUCACCCUGGACCGCCUGGACGGCCUCCCCCACCAUGUACCCACCGUCGCCCCCUCACACAGCCCUGCCUCCCCUGCCCCCUCAGGCCCCUGCAGAGGGAAGCUCACGGACUCGACAGCACGUUCCGUUCCGGCAGAGCACCGCAGACUAUGAGGCCCAGUCAGCCGGAACAGGGUUUGACACAGGGUCUGGGACCACCCCAGAGCCCCCUACCGCCCCACCCCAGGAGGGAGCAGCAGGACCACGCCCCCCCACCAUCAUGCUGGACCUGCAGGUGCGUCGCGUGCGUCCAGGUGAGUACCGCCAGAGGGACAGCAUUGCUAACAGAACCCGCUCACGCUCCCAGAACUCCAACAACACCUUCCUGUACGAGAGUGAGAGGGGGGGAUUCCGCAGAACCUUCUCCCGGUCAGAGCGUGCAGGUGUGAGGACAUACGUCAGCACCAUCCGGAUCCCCAUCAGGAGGAUCAGUGACGCAGGGCUGGGAGAGGCCACCUCCAUGGCUCUACAGACCAUGAUACGACAGAUCAUGACCGGCUUCGGAGAGCUCAGCUACUUCAUGGACUCAGACUCGGACUCCUCGGACUCAAACCGUGGCGCCGGUAACCCCACCGGCGCUGCCGACCUGGCCGAGGCGCUCAACACUCCCGAGGGGGGAGUAGCCGGCAUGGCGGUGGGGGCGGAGCCUCCUGUCUCCGUGGGCGGGCCUAGUGUGGGAGGAGCCGGGGAGGCAAGGACAGAGGAGAGGGAGGGGGAGGAGGGGGUUGGUCUAGGUCUGGCCCCAGGGAUAGGUUUAGGGGUGGGGGGUAGAGCUCGGCCCCGCGCCCCCAUCAGUCUGGAGGAACCAGGGUCACUGCCCUUCCUCCGCCUUGCUCACUUCUUCCUCCUGAAUGAUGAGGAUGAGGAACAGCCCAGAGGACUCACCAAGGAGCAGAUCGACAACCUCUCCACCAGGAACUUUGGGGAGAGUGAUGCUCUGAAGACCUGCAGUGUGUGUAUCACAGAGUAUGCUGAGGGGAACAAGUUGAGGAAGUUGCCCUGUUCCCAUGAGUACCAUGUUCACUGUAUCGACCGCUGGCUGUCUGAGAACUCCACCUGUCCCAUCUGCCGCAGGGCCGUGCUGGUGUCUGCUAACCGGGAGAGUGUGGUCUAA